AUGCCUCAGGAAAUCGGAGAUAUCAAGAAGUUCAUCGAGAUCUGCCGGCGGAAGGACGCCUCCUCCGCCCGGAUCAAGAAGAACAAGAAGACGCAGCAGAUCAAGUUCAAGGUCCGCUGCCAACGAUUCCUGUACACCCUGGUGCUCAAGGACUCCGACAAGGCCGAGAAGCUCAAGCAGAGCUUGCCGCCCAACCUCCAGAUUAAGGACGUCCCCAAGAAGAACAAGCAGGGCAAGGCCUCGUCAUGA